UGCACAUGCGGAAGUUACACAAUAACAACAAAGCGAAGCAGAAGAAACUCAUACCAGGUGGAGGUUAUAGCCCAUAGUUAUAGCAGGAUGGUCAACCUCGGUCUUACUAAAGUUGAUGAUGCGGUAGCAGCAAGACACCCGGGUUUGCAGCAGUACGCCGCUUGUCAGUCUUACGCCUUUAUGAAAGGCACAGCAAGCUUCAUAUUGGGCACAGCUGGUUUAUUUUUUGCACAACAAGCAUUUCAGAAAAGAAUCCCAUAUCCUCUUAAGUGGAACCUUCUAGUGUCUAUUGUUUCAUCUUCAGUAUUCAGCUAUUCAGUAACUCGCUGGGAAACCAUGAAGUGCUCAGACUUGUGGUUAUUUCUUGAGACAGGAAAUGUUCCUGACAGAAACUCUCCUAAGGAAGAACCAUAAACUCCUCCAGAUCCCAAAGCCACACAAUUGGGGAUGAGAUGGAAUUACCUCAAUCCUUUGUUUGAGUGGCCAAUACGAAGACUCUUUAUUAAUUCAUGUCAGGGACUUGCAUUAGGUGGGCAAUUUUUGGAGAAUGUUUAACCUUUCUAAACUGAAAGUGUAUUUGGUUCUGGUUACAAAACUAUUUUUUAAUAUAUGGUGGGUGUGUUUCAAUAAAUAAUUAUCAUAAGUCA